AUGUAUAUUUGUUAUUUGCGGAACGAUGAAGACGGAGCGCAGAUUGGAUUACCAGGAAUCGCGCCCGGUGUAUUGUUGGAAGUUUCAAAACCUGUAUCCAACCACUUCUCACAAGCAGUAUCGCCGAUACUAUUCAGAUCCAGUACAAUGAGCACCGGAGCAGCAGGAGUGUGGUCGACACGUUCCGCCUAUAUUGAACAGCCACAGGUUCGAGAACAGCAAGGCGCUCUGCGAUACAGGCCCGGUGAAUUGCAAAAGGAUCUGAGAACGACCGAGAAUUGUGCACCUCCUCGAGCCCGUAGCCCUCCAGCUGGCAAACCCACCGGCAGCAUCUGGCACCUUCUGUCGUUUGUUGUGUUUUGGUUGUUCAAUGCCAUCGUUCGUUUUACCUCGCAAUGGCCAUCACAAAAAAAAUUAAAAGCAGAGGAAGACUUUGUCAGAACCAUUAUGAUCGCUUUCGUCGUGGAUAAACAGGGGAGCAAGGAGGAGGUGUUGCGGUAUGCUCGGGCUAAAUUUGACACCGGAAAUCCAAUAAAUCUCAUAUCACCAAAGUUCGUCCGCAGUUUCGGAAUUGAAAUCGACCACGGGGAAGAACAAGUAAAGUUGACGCUCCCCGGAAACGGGAAAUUCAAGUCUAUCGCUACUUUGCCUGGCCGUUGGUGCGCGGAAGGGUCUGGUAGGACGUUUUAUUUCGACCCAAGAUUCUACAACGACAAAUUCGAGGUAUCAAAUGUCGAUGAACGUUUCGAUGUAGUUAUCGGCUACGAAACAAUCACUAGAGAAGGGUUGAUGACCGUAAAGCCUGCUCUAGGCUUGGCUGGGUUUUAUCCAAAAGACACAAAGAAUGAUCCCUACGUACAGAAUCAUGAGAGAGGGCCGAGUAGGGACGAAGACACAGAAGCUGGUCGAGAAAUGAUUGUUGAUCCUCCCAACUUACAGGUUGAAGGACACACGCGACGAUUGGGGAACCAGAGAGUGGAGGAACAUAGAGAACAUGACGAAGAAGCGGAUCAAGAUUGCGCCGAGGGGCCUAAGAAGGGAUCCAAGUUUGAUCGAGAAGGAGUGGGCAUUUCAGAGAAGGCCAGCGACGAUCAAGAAAGUAUAGACAACGCCACCACCGUGGGUCCUUUGACUCAACGUCCUCGACUAUCUAUCUCGUCUUAUUACUUGGAGCAACAGCAUGACAGUCCAGCGUCGACGUCUCUUUCUGAGUACAGCUCGGACACACAAGGAAGCAGUAUAUUUAAGAGUGCACGAUCUAGCGAAACAUCCCGCUCAACACUUCUAAACUCCAACGUGCCCGAAUUUUUGCGCCCUAUAGAAAAGGUUGAAGAGUGGCUGGAAGAUACUAUCAGGAGUAAUGGCUCAGAACACCACCAACCAGCUGGUGAAUGCAACGAAACCUUAAAAGAAGGUCGUGCAACUCUACCUGUAGACAAAACCAAGCGACAGAAGAAGUUAAGGAAACGACGAUUCAAUGAUGAGGGGGACGAGGAUGGUGGUGGUGGUCAAAAUCCGUCACGGCGAAGAGUAGAAUCCCCAGACAAGGGACAAGUUACACGGAAGCUAGCUUGUGUUUUUGCGAAACACGAUCCUCUUCAGUAUAUUAGGCUAAGACAGCAUUUGGAAAGGCGUCACUAUGUCCCAGUACAUUGCCCAAGGUGCUCUGAAGAGUUCGAGGACGCGGCUGAAUUGAACGACCAUUUCCGCCAAGUGGCCGUUUGCGAUAUUCGCCCAACUCGCAUAUGGAGUGGCAUCAACGAAGAGAAGCAGAAAGCACUCAAGAGUAUGAGAGCGUCAAGAAACAAGUCAACAGAGGAAAACUGGAAUGAGAUAUAUAGGCUCUUAUUUCCUGCCUCGCCGCUCCCAGAUAGCCCAUGGGCAGGAGAAUUCCGUAUGUCACGCGCUUUCCGAGCAUUAGGAGAAUUUGCUACCCAAAUCGCGCCACCUUUGAUCACAAAUGAGGUGAAGAGUGGACUGCCGGCCGAGCUCCGGGGGCAGGAGCAGCAUGUGGAAACGUUUUUCCAGGCAGCCCUUCCAGCAAUCAUGCGAAACAUCUUCGCCGAAGCUGUCCAGAAUCGACAGGACAUAGAGUCAGGGCUAAGAAGAUCGAGACGCUCUCCGUCUCCUUCCAUGCAAUCAACCACAGCCAUGACCACGGAUUCAGGAUAUAAAUCUCGUGUAGUAUCAUCUUCAGCACAUGAAGAGAAUUCAAAUAGCGUAGCGGCUCAUCAUAUACCCGUAUCGUCUUCUUCCUUGGAUCAAACGCUCAAGCCAGAGGGACCACAUCAAAUGAGUGACACCAAAAUUUUAGGUUCAGAAGAAACUUUGUCCAGCCGAGAAAACGAGUCUAAUUUAUUUCCUCGGCCGUCAACAGAAUCAUCGGCUUUUGCCGAGCUCUUUCCAGCCUCAUUUGGUACAGACUCGAUCAUUCAACCAACCGACCAAGAGGGUGAGCAAGCUAGCGCACACGUCAUGAAUCCGGGUCUGAACUUAAUCCCGCAACGGCUCGGAUGGUCACCCUUACUGCUAUUUUCCGAGAAUUCUGGAGAACAACUAGACCGGAGCAAUCCAUCGUGGGAUCUGUUCGAACCUUUGGAUCUAUCGCCAAACUCGUUGGGUUGAGUCAAUUAUGUACUGCCUUGCUGCAGACUGUUGUUAAAGAGACUAGAUUCAAACAAGGACGGAGGGAUGUAUUGAUAAUGCUGUAAGUACUUU